UUUGCACGCCAUUUCCGCCGUAUGUCGAAAACAAGUAUACGUUGCUGCCCCCUAUUGGACAAGUGGAUUUAUGCACGCCAGUUAAUGUGUUGUUCCUAAUUUGACCUCCAGGUAGCAUCAGUGCACAUUCACAACUUUGAAACCAAUUGCAUUUCGUUCAAUUGUAUUUGUCAUUGUAGUUUGCACUUUGCAAUCGUCUUUAACCGUUUAAGAUGGGCAAGAGCUACUUUUGCCGAGACAGAUGCAGCCACUGCACUGGUGAACUGUCAUGUGACUAAUCAGAUGAGGACAUCCUAAUCCAAUUUGGAGAGGAGCAGCAUACUAAACCUGAAGACAGGUCAAGGUAUUUUGCGUGGAAGUCUCACUUAGGAAAGAGUCAAUAAAAGAGGUGAGUCUGACAUAUUUUCUGAAACAAAAUUUAUAGCCAAGAUGUUUUGCUUCUACUUAAUAUUACUGUGUUGAUAUUGUGUAUAUCCUUGUUAAGAGACAGCUUGAUAUAACUCAUUCAUCUUUCUCCUUCAUGUCAAAGUGCUCCAUCAUGUCAAUUCUCAAAAUCCAUGCCCGAGAGAUCUUUGACUCCCGUGGGAACCCCACAGUGGAGGUUGACCUUUACACUGCAAAAGGUUUGUUCAGGGCAGCUGUACCAAGCGGUGCAUCAACGGGAAUCUAUGAAGCGUUGGAGCUGCGGGACAACGACAAGACACGCUACCUUGGCAAAGGCGUCUCAAAGGCAGUCGAGAAUAUAAAUUCAUCUAUUGCACCUGCACUUGUUGACCAAGAUGUAUCUGUUGUCGAGCAAGACAAAAUUGACCAGAUGAUGAUCGACCUGGAUGGCACGGAGAACAAAUCUAACUUCGGUGCCAACGCCAUUCUGGGUGUGUCACUGGCCGUUUGCAAAGCAGGCGCCGCAGAGAAAGGAGUCCCUCUAUAUCGUCACAUUGCUGACCUGGCAGGAAACCCCAAAGUCAUCUUGCCUGUACCGGCCUUCAAUGUGAUCAACGGCGGCUCCCAUGCAGGCAACAAGCUUGCCAUGCAAGAAUUCAUGAUCCUUCCGGUUGGCGCCAGCACCUUCAGGGACGCCAUGCGCAUCGGAGCCGAGGUCUACCACAAUCUCAAAAAUGUCAUCAAGAAGAAGUACGGGCAGGAUGCCACCAAUGUAGGCGACGAAGGGGGCUUUGCUCCAAAUAUUUUGGAGAACCAGGAAGCACUGGAGUUGAUAAAGGAGGCUAUUGCCAAAGCGGGAUACACCGACGAGGUUGUGAUUGGCAUGGACGUGGCAGCCUCUGAAUUCUACCGGGAGGGAAAAUACGAUCUCGACUUCAAGUCUCCCGACGAUCCCUCGCGCUACAUUGCUCCCGAAGAGCUCGCUGACCUCUACAAGAGCUUUGUGAAGGAUUAUCCAGUGGUGUCCAUCGAGGACCCAUUUGACCAAGACGACUGGGCCGCGUGGAGCGACUUCACGGCCGGCACCGACAUCCAGGUUGUCGGAGACGAUCUCACCGUGACCAACCCGACUCGCAUUUGCAAGGCUGUGGAGGAGAAGGCCUGCAACUGCCUGCUGCUUAAAGUCAACCAGAUUGGCACCGUAACAGAAUCCAUGCAAGCGUGCAAGAUGGCCCAGGAGAGCGGCUGGGGAGUGAUGGUAAGCCAUCGCUCUGGAGAGACGGAGGACACCUUCAUCGCGGAUUUGGUGGUCGGCCUGUGCACUGGGCAGAUCAAGACUGGGGCACCUUGUCGCUCUGAGCGUUUGGCCAAAUAUAAUCAGAUUCUCAGAAUUGAAGAGGAGCUGGGAGAUGAAGCUUGUUUUGCAGGGAAAAACUUCAGACAGCCAUUGCCACAGUAAAUUUACACCCUCAAAAACAGGAUAUCCAGAAAUCAUGACAAGCAAAGCUGAAGCACUGAAAUUAUUAUUUUUUUAAUCUAAAGUAAAAAUAACAUUAAGAUUUAUUCAGAGCUACAAUUAACUAGUUAUGAGAACAUGUGCUCUCUGAGAUCUAGUCAAUAAAAAACUCAAUGAGAA